AUGCGACGUCCGCUCUCGCCGACCCUGGCCAAGCUGGCCGAGAAGGAGGUGAAUGAGACACCCGAUCGGAUUCAGCAGGACAUCAUUAUCCUUAGAGUAUGGAUACGUCAGCAGCAGCAUUUGCGUGCUCGCACGGAUGUUGAUUUUUUGAUUGCUUUCCUCCGACGCUGCCGGUAUAGUCUGGAGGAGACCAAGCGAAGGAUUGAUCGUUACUUCACCCACUACAACCUAUUCCCGGAGAUCAUGAAUAAUCGAUGUGUGACACAACGACUGCUGGACAUCAAUCGAUUGGGAGUGUGCCUGUAUCCUGACAUGCCCAAGGGCGACAGUCGCACUGCCAUAUUCAUUGCCCGCUUUGGACACUUUGAUCCCAACCUGUUUAUGCUGCGUGAGAUCUAUCACUUCUCCUCGAUGGCCAUGGAGGUGAUAGCCUUGGAGAAUGACUAUGCCUCACUGGCUGGGAUCUGUGAAAUCAUAGAUUUGGAGGGCGUUAAUUCAGACAAGAUGAGGCGCUUUGACAGGGUUCUCUUUCGCAAGUGGUGGAAUUGGUUGUACAAUUGCAGUCCCCUGAAGGUGAAGGAAAUGUACAUUAUCAACAUGCCCAAGGAUAUUCAGGGCACUGUCAUGUUUCUCUACAAUGUGCUCAGCAUGCAGGUCAACUAUCCGAUACGCGUCCUGAAGAACAGCGAGGAGCUGAUCGAGCACAUUGGCAAGGAUUCGCUGCCGGAGGAGUAUGGUGGCACCAAUGGCCACAUGGGCGAGUGCAUGGCCUAUAUGGAGGAUCUCCUAAACAGCUAUCGCGGCUACUUUGAGCAGGAUUGCAACUAUGGCACCAUUGAGGAGCUGCGUCAUGGAGAGAUUGCCACCUAUGAGGCGGAAUUUGGGGUCAGCGGAUCCUUUCGCCGCCUUAAUUGGGAUUAA